AUGUCAUCAUUAAAUAAUGCAAAGUUAUAUGAAGCUACAAAACGUUUGGAGAAGCAUUUAGAAGAACGUGAAAAUGAAUAUUUAAUUUACAAACAACACUACAUUCUUGCCGGAACAUUCAACGUCAAUAAUCGGCAAGCCCCGCCAAACACUCUACUCGAAGAAUGGCUUUAUCGUGUAACAGACAGUGCAAAGGGGAAACAUAUUGUUCCACAUAUCAUAGCUGUUGGCUUUCAAGAAAUUGAUACAAGCAGCGGUGCUUAUAUAUAUGAUGAUAAGAAGAAAGAAGACGAAUGGGAACAAAUCGUACGACGAACGAUUAAACAUUGUUAUAAGUCGAAACAUAACGCUGAUGAGUUUCAAUUGCUCAAUCGUAUUAGGCUAAUGGGCAUUUUACUGUUUGUCUAUGUGCAUCAUUCGCAUAUGCUAAAAUGUUCGUCAGUUUCUCGAGCAUCAGUGCCAACUGGUUUUAUGGGUAUUACUGGCAAUAAAGGUGGCGUUGGUAUUAGUUUUCGUUUUUAUGAGUCAACUUUGUGCUUUGUUAAUUGUCAUUUUGCAUCGGGCGAGGCACAAACACAACGGCGUAACGAAGAUUAUCAGACUAUAGAAUCACGUAUGACAUUCACAGAUGGAAUUAAUCAUUCGUAUAAAGAUUAUAUUUGGUAUACACCAACAACACCGAAUAGUUUGGCACCGAACGCUCAACAUCCUAUGGCUUCAACUCGAUUUUGGAAAAUCAAUGAUCAUGAUAUUGUCUUUUGGUUUGGCGAUAUGAAUUAUCGAAUAUCUCUACCGAAUGAUCAAGUUCGUAAAAAUCUAAUUGAAUUAUCAAUUGAAUCCCUAUUUAAAAAAGAUCAAUUGCGUGAUGAAAUGAACCAAAAUCAUGCCUUUACUGGCUAUCGUGAACCACCUAUUGAUUUCAUGCCAACAUAUAAAUUCGAUGUGAAUACAGAUGAUUAUGAUACUAGCGAAAAGUUCCGUACACCAUCAUGGACCGAUCGUAUACUAUAUCAUACGAAACGAUCGAUCAUUCAACAUGAAACUAGCAAUGCAUCUUUUCAAUCCAUCAUACCAUUACAUUAUUCAUGCGCUAAAACAAUUAAAUUUAGUGAUCAUCGUCCUGUAAGUGGUCUCUACCAUGUUGGCAUUAAAAUUGCUUAUGACGAUAAACUUAUGAAUCGUAUACGCGAUGAAUUAAUACGUGAAUUUGAUCGUGAAGAAAAUGAUGCAAUACCAACCAUAGAAAUUUAUCCACGUCCACCUGCUAUUGCAUUUAAUAAUAUACGUUAUUUAGAUAAAGUCAGUUAUUCGUUAUUAAUAAAAAAUACUGGCGAAUGUCCAUGUGCAUGUUCAAUACAUCCAUCGUCAACAUUUGAACCGACGCGCCCAACGAAAAUAAAAGAAUUAAUUGAAGUACCCUAUUUUGAUUGUCUAACAUUUACACCAAACGGUCCAUAUAUUUUGCAAAGGAAUGAAGAACAAACUGUUGAAAUUAGUUUUAAAAUGAAAACUCAAUAUUCAUGGUCGUUGGGAAAAAAACUAAAUGAAAUAUUAAUCUUACAUGUUGAAAACGGUGCUGAUACAUUUAUCACAUUAGACGUUACACUUGACAUGGGUCCAUUUGGUUUAGCGUUCGAUCAGUUUCCUCCGACAUUAUUCGAUAGUGAAAAACGGCAAUAUAUUUAUUUCACAGAUCCAAAAGACGUUUGUGAACGUGUUGUCGAAACGAAAAAUGAUCCGCCAGCACUUUACAUAUCGUUAAUUGAAUGUUUAAAAGAACGUAAUGAUCUUGAUCUAUUGAGCGUAUUUAAUGGUGAAAUUCAAGAUUCACUUGAUUUAAUUCCAAUACGCGAUCAAAUCUAUGCACAUGAUUAUAAUUUUAAAAACUAUCCAAGUAUUAAUUUAUUUAUGACGCUCUUACAUUUACUACAAGCAUUACCAGAACCAUUGAUAUCACGUGACAUACAAGAUAAAAUAUUUUUAAAAACUAAUAAUUCAAAUAAUCGCUCCUCUCAAUUACCCAGUGGUGCAACAAUACAAUCAAAUAUACCCAACGAGAGUCCCUCUCAACAGCAACACAUGACAAAAGCUGUUAGUUUCAUUAUUGAACAAUUACAGCCGAAAGAAAGAAAUUUGUUUUUUCGAUUUCUUUUAUUUUUACAAAAAUCUUGGCCAACACCAGAGUAUGCAAGAAGAACUGAUAAUAAUAUACAAGCGGCUUUGAAUAUUUGUAUUGAUAUAUUGGCUCUUUCACUUUUACAUAAACAUACGAGUCGAAAUCAACGGCAAAAUUUUCUUUUAGCAUGUCUUAAUGAAGAAAAAAAGAAAAAUUCGAAAUGA